AUGUGGAACAGCCGUCGUGCCGGAAUUCACAAAGAUCAACAGACACUGGACUGGUUUCGAUUGCCUGAUGCAGAACAACCUAUUGGAUUGGGUGUGAAUGCUACACUCAGACUGAUUCAGGAACGUCUACAUUGUCUAUCAUGCCUAGAUGAACCUCUUGGAUACAGAACGCAGUCGAUUCCCCCGAAAAUUCGAGCAUUGACGGCAACAUCAUAUUUCGAGCUCUCUGAGAACGAUAUCCUAAGUGGACUAAUGGAACCCACAGAUGUAGGAUACGAACUUUGUAAGUUUUCUGCACUCAGUGAAACAGCUCUUGACACUAAAGAAGGCGAAUUAUCGAGCAAGCAAGCAAUGGAUGAGUUGGAGAGCACACAAUGUUCACCAGCAGAUGGAAACCCAAUCCGAACAACCACACCUAAGCGACGCCGUGAACUUUUUAGUAGAGAUCCCACAACUCACGUUCUACUCGCUUCUCUGGAGAAGUUGACACGCGCUCAUAAAGGCAACAAAUUUAAUCUCGGACAGUCAGACUCUCUAAGCGACAUAUCAGAGCGACGAAUAGCUUCCCAUACACCAGACGAACGUUUGGUGACAGCAAAAGAAUCGUUAGUACGUAAAGGACCAUCACCGAAAAAGCCUGCAGUACGAGAAGAAACUAGACCUCUUCUGAAGGAAAUCAAUUUGAAAGCGUUACCGUCUAAAGAAAUCACAACUAUAUUAACGCCAAAACACUCCAAUCUGACGAAGAGCGAAAAUGCUAAGGCAAAACAGGACGUUAAGAACUCUGCUGGCGUAAUACAAUCUGUAAAAUCACAAAAAAUCACCAUAGACAAUGGACAGGACAGAAAACCGUCCACAAAGGGAAAAUUCACCUUACUUCCAUUUCUUAAGAAGAAGAAAUAA